AUUUACAUGUCAGUGUGUUUGUUUAAAAAACGAAACCAAAUAAAGACAUGGAAGAUGAGGACGAAGAUGUAAUAUUUGAGAAUUCAGUUUUACAUCAAGCGUUAAUUGAAAGUGGCUACAAAGAUAUUGAAACAGAGCCAAGACUCUCAACUGAGAAGGCAAUAACACACACCCACAAUGAGGGCGCUAAUGAAGAAAAAAAAACAAAGUUCAUUUGUCAUGACAAUUCUAAUCUCAUCUCUAAGCCUUUCAUUCAGCUUUUUAUUCCAGUUCAAGACUUGAAUCUGUUGUACAGUCAGAAACACUCUCUGACCUUGAAUCAUCUGAUCCAUUCUCAACUCCUUUCAGAAGAAGAUAGAGCUUUUCUACAAUAUUUCAUUGAAGAUGGUGAUUCUUCUCAGGUUGUUGAAAUAAAGAAUCAGAGAUGUAUGCUGCCAGGGAUUGGUUUUCUGGCAGUCUUAUUGUUCGUGCUAAAUGUAUUGAUUGUGCCAUGGAGGCCACCACAUUUCUUCACUGCCAUUUUGGCUGCAAUGAAUUGCCAGGACUUUCACUGUCAAUUCUUGUCUGUUGUAUUAUUCAACGCUGUUAUGUUUGUGAUGCUCUACUUUCCACUAGUCUCAGUUGGAUACAGAAUAAAGAAGAAGAUAUUACAAGAACUAGAAAAAAAAGAGAAUUUGUACAAACAGCUGGAAACUGUUGCAUGGGAACUGAUGUACCUGGAGAAGAAAUGUAUCCGUCUGCUCAGGGAAACAGAAAUUGUGUCCAGAGGAUUUUUUUUAGCCACAUCACAACGUGUAGCAUGUAGUUCCUACCACAUCCCAGGCAGUGAGCAAUGGUGUCAGCAGUUCAGAGAGACACUGCUGGUGGAGAAUAUAAGCUUGAUGUCUUCUAUCAAGACACUGGUGGUAAAUAUGAUGAAGAAUUUACCCAUGUUGUGUCAAGACUCAGAUUUUAGCAGCUUGGAAUCUAUGAGUUUUUACUGCGCUGAUGGCUCUGUGCAAGUGAUUUCUUCAGGAUCACCAGUAAAUAAGGGGAUAGGCAAAGAAUUUCAGGAGAAAAGUAUCAGGACUGGAGCUAAUGAUUUAGAGACAAUUUCUAUAGCCCAAUUAAAUAAAUCAGUUAGCCUACUUCAUGUGUAUUUGUCUGGAUUUAUACGACGACUUGCUUUGUGUUUCUAUGUGCAGAAUCAUAAAGCAAAAAAUGUAGAGCCUUUCACUGUCACCCAGGAGUGUGUAAGGAGCUCUAUAGAGGCCAUUCAGAAAGCUCACUCCAGUCUCAGCUACUGCUACAAGUUCCGCCAGGCUCUGCACUUGUCUACCAUAGAGCAAGGCCAAAAUAGGGUGGCCAUGGAGGUAACCCAGACUGAUGCCAUCUACACCUGCCUUCGCACUUCGGAGAUUCGCAGUAUGAAUGCUCUGGAAAAGAUCCGUUUGCUGAAACAGUUAAUAGAGGAACGUAUUUACCACAUUGAAAGAAGACGCUCUGGUCUUGAAUCAGGAGAUCUCAACGAGUUCAAAACAUUGAGUCCAUCAGACAGAGAAUCAUUUAGCCAACUUCUGGAGGAGGUUACUCAAAAUCUGGAUUCCUCUUUAAACAGUUGCAAGAUGAUCAGGAGAGAAAUAAAUAAUCAGGACAGUCCGACACCAGAAGAGAGACCAACUGCUGCAGUUCAAAGACCCACCCAGAUGGAAAGAAUUGUUAGAUAUAAUGCUGCUGAAGAGAGUGUCGUCAUGGAUCAGGAGUUUGAGGCUGUGAGCACUGGUGAGGAUGCUGACUCCAACGAUAGAUCUCACUACAGUGCAGCUGAUCUGGAAAAAAUGAAAAUGGACAUAGAAACCGAAAAAAUGUUCCGCCAAGAGUUGAAGUUAGUGUGUCACCAAAUUCAAAACUAUCGGAUAGUCCAAAGAAAUAAUGUUGACUCCACUACGCAGAAUCUAAGCCCAGGUGUUCAGUCAGAGGUUGCAGCAUCAGUUGGGACUACUGUUGAUAAUCCAAUGGAAGGAAGGCCUUCUGACCAGCCAUCAGGUAGAGCCAGCGGGUUGUCACUUUUAGCUUUGGCUUGCGCCACACAGAGGGAAUUAGAUCAACAACUGCCACCCAUUCAGGAGACCUCUGACCCUGAUUCUGAGGUUGCAGGUCCAAUUACUAGGCAGCUAUAUACUGUAGUGGUAAAUCCUCUAGGCAGUGGACAAUCUCAACAAAAAGGUGCAACUGCAACAAACUCUAGUCCUGUUAAUAGAACUGGUAUGAAUGCCCUGCUAGAGAAUCAAGUAGCUGGGUCUUUUUCUUCAAAUACUGGCAGUCUUAUUAAUCCUAUUUACAGUAGACCUACACCAUCACCCCGUAAGCGCCAUGAUGCCAUUUGUGAAUCAGAUUCUUCUGUACAUGACAGACCUUCUGUUAUAGCAUUCACAGGUGCUAGCAGUGGAGCUGGUGCCUCUAUAUCUAGCACUGCUGACAAUGUUUGGAAAUUUUGUGCCAGCUUGCACUCGUACGCUAAGCCACCACCAAACGCUUCUCCAACAAAAGAAACAACUAGAGCAACGCCAACUAGGACAACACCAACUAGGGCAACACCAACUAAAGAAGCACCAACUAGGACAACACCAACUAGGGCAACACCAACUAAAGAAGCACCAACUAGGACAACACCAACUAGGGCAACACCAACUAAAGAAGCACCAACUAGGACAACACCAACUAGGGCAACACCAACUAAAGAAGCACCAACUAGGGCAACACCAACUAAAGAAACACCAACAAGAACAUCCACAAGAGAAACUUCAAAGUUUACACCAAAAAAGACACCACCAAUAGAAACUCCAAAGAAAAGAACACCCAUUAAGAGAAACAUGGAUGUCAGAAGCACAACUCUGGAUGACUCUGAUGCUUGCCGGGAUCUCCUCUUUGAGCCUGCUCCUAAAUUUAAAAUUUUGGAUUCUCCAACACCUCGUAACUCACCAAAUGAGGAACAUGCACCCCGGGAGCCAGAUUCAACUGUUACAGGUGAAGUCAACCCAGCAAAUGUAGGCUCUCCACUCACAAGAAGCAUUGCCCAGAUGGCUGCUGAAACAGCCAAAGCUUUACAAAUGAUGGGCCAGAAAGAAGAAACAUUUAGUGAUGACUCUGACAUAGACUCAGUGUAAAUCUAAGUCAAUGCUUAAAGACAAUCCAAGUUCAAGUAGUGUAUUUGUGUUUGAAAUAUUUGUUUGAUUGUAAAUUUGACCUUUUGUGUUUCCUUGAAUGAUUUCUAAUAAUUUAAUGUAACUGAAACAGUGUCUACUAAUAAAUAGAUCAAAUGUAGUUGCACAACUUCUCCAAUGAAAAAGUUCAUCUGCUCAAGACUUGAGAACCAUGUCACCUCUGACUUCUCAGACUUGAGAACCAUGUCACCUCUGACUUCUCAGACUUGAGAACCAUGUCACCUCUGACUUCUCAGACUUGAGAACCAUGUCACCUCUGACUUCUCAGACAUGAGAACCAUGUCACCUCUGACUUCUCAGACAUGAGAACCAUGUCACCUCUGACUUCUCAGACAUGAGAACCAUGUCACCUCUUGACUUCUCAGACAUGAGAACCAUGUCACCUCUGACUUCUCAGACAUGAGAACCAUGUCACCUCUGACUUCUCAGACUUGAGAACCAUGUCACCUCUGACUUCUCAGACAUGAGAACCAUGUCACCUCUGACUUCUCAGACAUGAGAACCAUGUCACCUCUGACUUCUCAGACAUGAGAACCAUGUCACCUGUGACUUCUCAGACUUGAGAACCAUGUCACCUCUGACUUUUCAGACUUGAGAACCAUGUCACCUCUGACUUCUCAGACUUGAGAACCAUGUCACCUCUGACUUCUCAGACUUGAGAACUAUGAGAAAUCAUUCAUGAGAGCUUUCACCAUUUCAUUCUAAAAGAUAUCCUCUAUACUAGUUCUAAUUUUAUUUUAUUAAGUUGACCUAGGUCCAAGACUGUCCAACAUUUGUUUACUUUUCUGUUUAGUCCAUAGCUAAGUAGCAAUUUUGUGUAAUUUAAAAAGUUAACCCAUUUUCUCAUGUGGUCAGCCUCUCUGUACUAGUCUUCUUUGCUUGUAGAAAAAACUUUUUUUUUUGUACCAUUUUGUAGUUAGCUUUGAGAAUCUUGUGGCCCUUUUUUUUCUCUUGAAAUGUGUGUAAUAAAACAAUGUGUGUAAUAAAACAAUGUGUAUAAUAAAACGGUUGUGUGUUUGGUCUGUAUUGUAUCAAGUAUUGUCACUUCAUAUUUUAAACUGUUCAUAAUACAUUUCUAAAUAACCAGCUUUCUCAAGAACUCCAUUUUGUUUUUUUUUUUGUAAGUUUUGAAUGUUUUUUUUUACUUUAUAUUGGACCUGUUACCUUUUUAAAUUUCAAGAACUAUUUUGUCCAAGUUUGAGUUCAAUUAAUUGAAUCAUUUUAAUUUAGACUGAAUAUUCCUUGGAAUAAAGUAUUGACUAUAUAGUAUUAUUGGCUCUUAGUUAUUUUUUGUUUGUUCUUUUGGGGGGUGGGGUCAACCUCUUUUCUAAAUCUUUGUUGAAAUGUGUUCUUUUAGUGUUGUGCUUUUGAUCCAGUAAACGUGUCAAUAAAAUAAA